AUGGGCCCACCAGUGGCCAGAGCAAAGAAAGCUGCAAAAUCUAAGAACAGGAAAGACGAUGGUGUACGACUGAUGGUUUCCUGGCACUAUGAUGCAGCAAGGGAAGUAACACAUGAGCCACUGCUCCAAUGGUGGUGGGUUGGUGCAGCCCUACACCUGCGCACCAACAAAGGACGCUGCCUAGAAGCUUGUGGAACAUGGUCUUCAGGGCUCGAGGAGAACGUGGAGGUCUUCAAAGCGGCACCUGGAUGUGCAGUGCUGGGACUCCGUUUGCACAAUGGCCGCUGUCAUGGCAUUGUCGAAGGCCCCGCCCCUCCUGUGGACGAUCUCGAGCUGAAGAUGUGGGCAGUGUAUUGGCUGGCAGAAGGGAGCGCUGACGACGAGGUUCAAAGCCGCAACUUCGUUGGCCGUGAAUCGGCUUUCAGCUUUGCCCAGCGCCUGGGAGGAGGUCAAGAGAUGGCCUGGCAAUGUGGCCCUUUGAGGUUUUCUGUGUCAGAUCAUCCUUGGCUUGAUUGCUUUCGAGACUUGCGGGACCUUUUGCGGCCUGCUCGCUUGGCAGCCCUGGAGGCUCGGGAAGUCAAUGGAGGGCCAGGAGAGUCCUAUGUGGAAUUCCCCUCUGGAGAAAGACCUGGCGCAGGCAUUGUCCUGGAUUUGGUGUCUACCUCACGAGUUAAAGCUUGGGGACCUCACCCGCGGCGAAAAAAAUGCGAAGAGUUGGCAUCAGAGCAAGGCCAGUUCAACCUGAAGCGCUGGCGGGACAUGUCCAUGUCCCUUGCAGAGACGAUGGAAAGAAUCCAGUCGGCGAGGCCAACUUUGGGGCGCUUGCUGGCAAUGAUGGACUUACGACGUCAUUUAGCCAGGACCUUGUUUACUGCUGGCAUUGCUGCUGUGAUGAGCACCUGCGAUAGCGUGAAGACAGUCCUGUCCGGGGCAGUUUUCACCUUGAUCAAUGCUAGCGAGCAGGAGGUGAAGAAGGACAGUCAUUUUCUGCACUUCAUAUGCUCUUGGACGUUUGGGUGUGGUUCCCGACUCUCACUUGCAAAGAGCUUGAUUUUGGGCCUGAUGCUUUUGGCCGUCUUGAAGGGCACAGUGAGCGUCAUCUCCCAGCACGUCACCAAAGCAUUCAAGGACUCAUAUCGAGUUCAAUCACGGACUGAGCUCUUCGACCACUUGCUAGCUCAAGACCUGGAAGAGUUUGAGAAGCAGACUGCGAGAGUCAUGGCAAACAAAGCUUCCCCAAUGGUUAUGGAUAGCAUGCCCCUCAUGGUGACCUCGAUGGUAAGAACACUCACAGAACUCUUGACAUCGCUGAUUUUCCUCUACUCGAUCUCCCCGCUGAUGACCUUCAUGUACGCUACCGCUGUUCCUGCUUUUCAAGUGGCAGCUCAAGCCUACCUGAGAAAGCAAGCCAAAGGCAGCUUGCGGCGGGAACGUGGUCUGGAGGGAGUGGCUAAUAGAGUUGUUGCAGAAGCGUGCGAAAUGAUCAAGGUCGUCAAAACCUUCUCGCGCGAGGAUGGGCAUACAUCCUUGCAGAAAUUAUCGCUGGAAGAGGCUGCUGGCAUGAAGCUGACUGUAACACAGGGCGUCGCACAGGUUGCCGCUGACACCUUGCAGCAGGCAAUCUACUGUGUCUCGCUGUGGCUGGGCCUUGUUUGGGUAAAUGUGGAUUCCUCUGCGGCAGAGAUGACCUCCUUCCUGCUGCUUGUGAGCAAACUUGGCCACCAAGUGAACAGCUUCAAGUCUCAAGUGGAGGACCUCUUCAAUACCAGUGACAGCCUUGCCGAGCACUUUGAAUUUCUGGACCAACAGCCAAAAAUCUUUCCAGGUACAUAUGAUGGACCUGUCGAAGGGCAUGUGGUGUUCGAAGAUGUAUCUUUUGCGUAUCCGACGCGGCCAGAGCAGAAAGUCCUGCACGGUUUGUCGAUGGAACUGCAGCCUGGAAAAACCACCGCUCUUGUUGGUGCAUCUGGGUCUGGCAAGAGCACCACAGUGCAGCUCAUUUUCCGUUACUACGAUCCCUUUGAGGGAACAAUUUUCAUCGACGGAGUGCCCUUGAAAGACUGGGAACUGACCCAUUUGCAUCGGCACAUGGCGCUGGUAGCUCAAGAGCCGGUGCUUUUUAAUACCUCUGUGCGCCAGAAUUUGCUCUAUGGUUUGCCUCAGUGCCGUAUUGAAUCCGAUCCCAAGGAUUUUGAAGACCAAAUGAUUGCAGCUGCGAAGGCUGCAUGUGCACACGAAUUCAUUUCCAACUUCCCGGGUGGCUACGACACCAACGUCGGAGAUCGUGGAGGUCAAGUCUCUGGAGGCCAAAAGCAACGCCUCUCCGUGGCACGGGCCAUCCUCAUGCAGCCUAGGAUCCUAGUUUUGGACGAGGCCACGAGCGCAUUGGAUGCGGAGAGCGAAGCCAUUGUACAGGAGGCCCUGGAUCGCCUUGUGGCCAGCAGUGGAAGCAGUGUUAUGGUCAUUGCACAUAGACUGUCGACAGUGCGGCAAGCAGAUGAGAUUAUUUGCCUUCGUGAAGGGCAUGUUGUGGAGCGUGGCACAUCCAAAGAAUUAAUGGAGCUUCGGGGGGUACUACUUCACACUUGUUGA